AAUAAUAUUAACCAUCAGGAUGUCAAAAGCUGUAGAAACUCAAAAAUCCGGAUUUACAUUCGCCUCUCGAGCAGAAAUGGAGUUAAGAUACUUAAAAACGCUCAGCAAGAACUUUCUCUACAAUUGUUUAGAAAAAUGUUAUCACACAGAUGACCUUAACUACUACAAAUCGUUUCAGGACCUCUCUUGUGAAGACACUUGUCAUUCAACCUACACAUCCCGGACACUCCCGCUCGAAAACCCCAAUCUAGCUCUUUGGGAGGACCAGAAGAACAAGUGCUUAUCGGAGUCUAUCUCCCCAGUAAAGUACCAGACAAGAGACCUGACUCAAUUCGAAAAGUGAUUAGGAGAUUAUACUGACAAAGUCCAAAAUGUCAUUAAAGAAAUGAAGGGUAUUUGGCUUGAAGAUUUAAAAUAAUUCAUAGCAAAAUUUAGAUAAGCUAUUCAGUAGCCUGAAAUUUUAGCGGUUCAGAUUAAAUCAAUGAGGUUUUUACAUGGGAGUUAGGCCAGAAAUGAUUCUG